AGUCAUUUGAAAAGUAGGGUCCUCAAGUUGGACUUCAGACGCCGCCCCCGUCCCCUUCAUGAUCCGAUCGUCGAUAUAUAUACAGACUGCGUCGAUAUCUGCGAUUUAUAAUUGCGGAGCUGUGGCGCUGUGUUCGAGCUUGUCGCUGAAUGAAGAACUAUCUGUACAUCCCUCAGUCUUUCAGAGAUAAGAAUCACCAUGAUACUGAGUAUUCUUGUGCUAGCAUUACACCUGUCUUCCAGCCUUGCACAUCCACAGUGCCUUGAUUUCUACCCACCAUUUGAGCUUCCAUCAAAUAGCCAGGUAUUUUGUGAUGGUUACAAGGAUUUUGGUUGCUGUACAGAGGUUCAGAAUGAAGCCAUCAGGGACAGGUAUCAGGUGCUCAAGAGAAACCUGCCCCAGAGUGCCUCCAACGACUGCAGAAAUUACCUGAAGGAUAUCUUGUGUCAGGAAUGUUCGCCAUACGCGGCUCAUUUAUUUGAUGCAGAAACUACACACCGUAAGACUCCGCUGCCAGGUCUGUGUGGGGCGUACUGCUCCUCUUUGUACAAUACAUGUCCAGAGGUGAUUCCUUUGGUAACAGAUGAUGAAGCACUCAUUGAAGCACAAAAUGCAGGUGAGAGUGCAUUUUGUGCUGCUGUGGAAAUCGGUGACAUGGACUAUUGUUACCCGAACAUCCUCCAGGAUACAUUUCUCGAUGACUUGGCUUGGGAUGCACGAACUGGCGGAGGAGACGGCUGCUUGUGCUUUGAAGAAUUUGCCAACAGGCUACGCAACCCCCUCCUUGCUGUUCAUGCCAACGACAAAACACACCGCCUCUUCAUAGCAGAACAAGUAGGAAUAGUCCAUGUGUACCUCAGGAAUGGCACACGACUCGAUGAUCCCUUCCUUGACAUCCAGGACACCGUACUAACAUCAAGUCGGAGAGGGGAUGAGAGGGGCUUCCUUGGACUAGCCUUUCAUCCAAACUUUGUCAACAACAGCAGAUUGUUUGUCUAUUACAGUACCACUUUAGUUUCCUCAGAGAUCAUAAGGAUAAGUGAAUUUCAAACCAUGUCUAAUAAUUCUAACCGGGUUAACAUGACAACAGAGAGGAUUAUCAUUGAUGUUGAGCAGCCUGCUGGUAAUCACAAUGGUGGUCAGAUGCUCUUUGAUAAUCAGGGCUAUUUCUAUGCUUUUUUUGGUGAUGGUGGUCGAGGGGGAGAUCCAUUCGGACGUUAUGGAAAUGCCCAAAAUUUGGCCGUGCUUCUUGGAUCUGUGAUAAGAAUCGAUGUGGAUCAGCAAGAAAAUGGACUCCCGUAUGCCAUACCACCCGACAACCCAUUCGUCUCAUACAACAACAGCGAAAGACGUCAUGAGAUUUAUGCGUAUGGCACAAGGAACAUGUGGCGUUGUUCCAUUGAUCAGGGGGACAGGGAAACGGGGGAAGGAAGUGGGCGUAUGUUCUGUGGAGAUGUUGGCCAACACAGCUAUGAAGAGAUUGAUAUCAUUGAGAAGGGAGGCAACUACGGAUGGAGAGGGAAAGAAGGAUUCUCAUGCUAUGAUAAUACUAUGUGUAAUGAUUGGCUGGAGAAUGAAGUUCUGCCCAUCCAUGCAUACCCUCACACUGUUGGCAAAUCUGUGAUCAGUGGAUAUGUGUACAGAGGAUGUCAAUACCCAAACCUAAAUGGAAAAUAUAUCUUUGGAGAUUAUGUGUCAGGGCGAUUGUUUGAAUUAAGUGAGAACACAUAUACUCAAGAAUGGAACAGUCGAGAAUUCUGCCUCGGAGAUAACACUGUUUGUACUGGGUCUUUGUUGGGAUCCUUUCCUAAGAAUAUCCUCUCAUUCGGCGAGGAUGAAGCAGGAGAGGUGUAUCUCCUCUCAACCAGUGAUGCCAAGACCACCGUACCUCAAGGGAAAGUCUUCAAGAUAAUUGAUCCACGAAAGAGAGGAAAUCCUGAGAAGUGCCUUAAAGAUAUCAGAGAUGUUGAUGUUCAUGGUCCUACCACACCAUUUGAACCAUCACCUACAGGAAGUGCAAUAUGUGUGACCCUGCAUCCUCCAUAUCACUUGGCUGUGCUAUGCUUAGCUCUCCUCUUUAUACAUCAUCUUCUUGUUGCCAUGCCAACCAGCUUGCAUCACUAUGAACAUCUACGCUAUGUUAAUCUACCUCUUCCAAGAUGCAGUGGUAACAUGGAAGGUUCUUGUUUCGAUCCUGCUAUUCAGAAAACCUCAGAUGCCCUAAGAAAUGCAAAGGAGAUUACUUGGAGGUCGACAAUAACACAUACUGCGAAGCAAAGUUUGUGAUAACGGGUACAGUCCGGAAGGCGCAUCGUUUCAACAAUGAAUUGCGACUGAAUAUCUUUGUUGACGAACUCCACAAGAGAGCUUACGACCUUCCUGCCAUACACGCAGGACGCAGGAUCUCAAUCUCACAGUACUCGCGGUCUGGCCGCUGCCGAUGUCCAAACCUAGAGGUUGGACAGACUUACUUUAUUCUUGGGGAUUACAAGUCAUCUUGGCAGAAGUUGAUCCUGAAAGAGUCUUCCAUCGUAAAGCGCUAUCAUUGGUCUCACUCAGCCAUGAUCCCUCAGCUAAAUAAGGAAUGCAGGGCUAUUACCUUAGAGCUUUUCAUGAAAGAGUUUAGUUGAAGGACUAUUUAGAUGGUGAAAAUUCUGUCCAAAUACUGUUUGAAUAUUUCCAGAAUUUAGUCAAUGCUUUAAAUUUUUUAUGCAAUUCGACCUGUACAAAAAAAUAUUCAUUGGUAUUAUAGUACAUGUAGCAGGAGAGAAUGAUAUAUUGAAAAUCAUGAUAUAUUUUCAUUUGUUUUUUGUAAUGCCAAUCAUGUGUUACAAAUUCCACAAAUAUUUGAAUGAUGAACAAUGUCUGAUGUUCAGAUUAACUUGAAAUUCUUCUUCAUACAGGUAUAACUGUGGUUCCAAGACAUUUGCUCCUACAACAAUUGCGUCUACUGAAAAUGCAUACAUUAAGCCUAACAUAAACCUGAGCUUCAACCCUUGAUCUUCAUCCUAAUCCUCACAUGGUUCUGAACCCCCCCC